AUGUCGUUUAUUGGCGGUGGUUCAGAGUGCGCUGUUAAUGGGAAUGUUGUUGCCCAGCUUAAUAAACAUACUCAACAGGAUCGUUCAUUACAACAACAAGCUGCACAUCAAGCAGGAGCCGGUUUUGUUCAGAACCAAGGGUUUAAAAGAGAUAACUCUAUUAAUGUGAGAGAUAGACAGAAUUUGGAACAGUUUAUGAACUCAAAUGUCCCUCCAUCUCAAGCUAAUGCAUUCCAGUUCCAACAAAUGAGACAUGAAUUAAAUGGUUUGCAUCAACAACAACCACAACAACCACAACCACAACAGCAGCAGCAUAAUAAUAACAAUAACUGGUCUCAAGAUUUCAAGCAGCAUUCAGCUUCGUCUAGGCCUCAAACUGUAUCACCUAUGCCGGAAAAUGCAUCUCUUGCAAAGGCCAAGUGGGCCAGCGAAUUUCAAGUCGUUGGCUCGCCUCAAGCUCAACAAGCUCAAUCACUUCACCAUCAACAGCAACAAUCAAUGCAAGGUAACCAGGGUUUCAGUUCGUAUAGACCCAUGAUGGGAAAUUAUCGUCCAAUGAUGGGCAUGCCUUAUCAACAACAACAACCCCAAGUGCAGCAGCAGCAGCAGCAGCAGCAGCAACAACAACAACAACAACAAGAAGAUGCAGAAGCACAGGUUGAUUGGGAUGACCAGUUUAAAAAGAUUGAAGAGUUGUCCUCAAAAGAAGCCGAUGAUAAAGACGAUAUUGUGAUUGACGAUAAGUACCAAGCAACUUUCCAAGAAGUGUGGGAUAGCUUAAAUUCAGAGGCGUUGGAAAAUGACUUGAUUGAACAGCAAUAUGAGGAGUUUAAACAUACGCAAAGAGAGACAUUCCCAGCAGAUUUGAAUCAAUGGGAAAGAGAUUUCGCGAAAUACGCCUCGACAAGAGCUCAUUUCGGUGAUUACAAAUUUGAAGAACAGCUGCAUAAUCAAUUUAUGGAUUUGCCUGCAGAUCAAGAUCCCUAUGAAAUUGGUUUACAAUUGAUGGAAAAUGGUGCAAAAUUAUCUGAAGCCGCUUUAGCUUUUGAAGCCGCUAUACAAAGGAAUGAAAACCACGUUAAUGCAUGGUUGAAGUUGGGUGAAGUACAAACACAAAACGAAAAGGAGAUUGCUGGUAUUUCUGCUUUGGAAAAAUGUCUUGAAUUGCACCCGGAAAAUGCAGAAGCCUUGAUGAAUUUAGCUAUAUCUUAUAUAAAUGAAGGGUAUGAUAAUGCAGCAUUUGCUACAUUGGAGAGAUGGAUUUCAACAAAGUACCCUGCUGUUGCAGAAAAGGCAAGAUUGGAAAAUCCAGAAAUUACCGACGAAGAUAGAUUUUCUUUGAACAAGAGGGUUACUGAACUAUUUCUCAAGGCAGCACAAUUGUCUCCCGAUCGCGCAAACAUGGAUGCAGACGUGCAAAUGGGGUUGGGAGUAUUAUUUUAUGCAAAUGAAGAUUUUGAUAAGACUAUAGAUUGUUUUAAAGCCGCUUUAAGUAUUAAACCAAACGACGCUGUAUUGUGGAAUCGAUUGGGUGCAUCAUUGGCUAAUUCUAAUAGACUGGAAGAAGCAGUAGAGGCAUACUUCAAAGCGUUACAAUUGAAACCAACAUUUGUUAGGGCUAGAUAUAACUUGGGUGUUUCAUGUAUAAAUAUCGGUUGCUACAAAGAAGCAGUAGAACAUUUACUAAGCGGAUUACUGAUGCAUCAAGUUGAAGGAGACGAUGCGGCGCAUACUUUGAACCAGAACCAAUCUACCUCACUAACUGAAACAUUGAAAAGAGCAUUUAUUGGGAUGGAAAGAAGAGAUUUGGUUGAAUUAGUUAAACCUAAUAUGGACUUAAACCAAUUCAGAAAGGAGUUUGACUUUUGA